ACAAGUGUGGUUUCUUGAUCUCAAGGAAGAAGAAGACCUUUCCCAUGCUAUCUUACCCUCAUUUCCCUCCGAUUUGAACGGCGAAAUAUCUUUUUCUCAUUUCCUCCCUCCCUCCCUCUAGAUUCUCUCUCUCUCUCUAUAACUCCUUGUUAAUUUGGUCUUCCUGCCGGCCGGCCGGCCAGACCUCUCAAAAUCCAUACCUUACUAGUUUCUUUGUCUCUAUUUCACCCCUACAAUUUCUUCUAAUGUAAUAAUUUACAAGAUUGAUUGAAGAAAAACCCUAGCUGUUAGCUUCACCUAACAAUUACUUCUGCAGAUCUUUCACUUGCAUUGUUCAAGCAAGUCAUUUUUGUAAGAGAUUCACAUGUUCAACUAGGAAACUCUAUUCAGGAAGAUUAGGAGUUGACCGAUUGAAUCACUUCACUCCAGCAACAGGCUAGAUGUUUCAGCAGUAGAUCAUGCCUUUGACUAUCCCCGCCAAAUGCAGUGUUGGGUGAAGGAAAAUACAUAAAUUGAGUUGAGAAAAAAAAGAAUGGCACGGGGGAGAAUAAGGGCAAGGCUCCGUCUGAGCAGUCUCUACACAUUUGGAUGUGUUCGACCCCGUGCUGAGGAAGGUGACGAGCCUCAUCAAUUCACUGGCCCGGGAUUCUCUAGAAUUGUGCAAUGUAACCAACCAAAACUCCAUGAAAAAAAGCCUCUUAGGUAUUGUUCAAACUACAUCUCAACAACAAAGUACAACUUCAUCACUUUCCUACCCAAGGCCCUGUUUGAACAAUUCAGGCGUGUAGCCAACAUGUACUUUCUCUUCACUACCCUUCUGUCCCUCACGCCACUUUCUCCUUUCACCGCUGCUAGUAUGGUCGUCCCUUUGGUCUUUGUCGUCGGACUUAGUAUGGCAAAAGAGGCAUUAGAAGAUUGGCGAAGGUUUAUUCAGGAUAUGAAGGUCAAUAUGCGGAAAGCUAGUGUUCACAAGGGUGAUGGCUUGUUUGGUCAAAAGCCGUGGAUGAAACUUCGGGUUGGGGAUGUCGUGAAAGUCGAAAAAGAUCGCUUCUUUCCUGCAGACCUACUCCUGUUGUCGUCUAGCUACGUGGAUGGAAUCUGUUAUGUCGAGACGAUGAACUUAGAUGGAGAAACUAAUCUUAAAGUAAAGCGAGCUAUGGAGGUGACGUUACCUUUGGACGAUGAUAAAAUGUUUAAGGAUUUCGUUGGGAGAAUUAGAUGCGAGGAUCCAAACCCCAAUCUCUACACUUUUGUGGGAAAUCUCGAGUAUGAUCGUCAGGUGUAUCCUCUUGAUCCAAACCAGAUUUUGCUUAGAGAUUCGAAGCUUAGGAAUACGACUUACGUUUACGGAGUUGUAAUAUUCACUGGCCAUGACAGUAAAGUCAUGCAAAACUCGACUAGAUCACCGUCUAAACGGAGUACAAUCGAAAAGCAAAUGGACAAGAUCAUUUAUAUUCUAUUCAGCCUUCUUCUCUUAUUAUCCUUCGCGAGCUCAAUAGCUUUUGCAGAUAGGACAGAAAAGAAGAUGCCAGAUUGGUGGUACAUGCAACCAUUUAACAAAUCCGAAUUUUAUAAUCCUAAGAAACCUGCUUUGUCUGGUUUAUUCCAUCUCGUUACUGCUCUUAUCCUCUAUGGGUAUCUGAUUCCAAUAUCUCUUUAUGUUUCAAUCGAAGUAGUGAAGGUUCUUCAAGCAAUCUUCAUUAACCAGGACAUUCAUAUGUUUGAUGAAGAUACAGGAACUCCUGCUCAAGCUCGUACGUCUAAUUUGAACGAAGAGUUAGGUCAGGUUGACACCAUCCUUUCUGAUAAAACAGGCACUUUAACGUGCAACCAAAUGGACUUCCUCAAGUGUUCAAUUGCUGGAAAUGUGUAUGGAACACGAGCGAGUGAAGUGGAACUUGCUGCUGCAGAAAAGAUGGCUGUAGACCUCGAAGGACAGGAUCCUAAUAUGAAUGGGGUUGAUGCAGACACUUCGGAGAUUGAACUAGAAGCGAUUAACACUGAACAACCUCGUAAGCAUGCGAUAAAAAGUUUUAACUUUGAGGACAGCCGCCUAAUGAAGGGAAAUUGGACGAGUGAACCGAAUUCGGACAUCAUUUUAUUGUUUUUCAGGAUACUAUCUAUUUGUCAUACUGCAAUUCCUGAACAAAAUGAAGAGACUGGAGAAUUGACUUAUGAAGCUGAAUCUCCCGAUGAAGGAGCUUUUCUUGUGGCAGCAAAGGAGUUCGGGUUUGAAUUCUGUCGAAGAACACAAUCCAGCAUUUAUGUACGUGAAAGAUAUCCAUCUUACAACGAGCCAAUUGAGAGGGAGUUCAAAAUUCUCAAUCUAUUGGAUUUCACUAGCAAGAGGAAGAGAAUGUCUGUUAUAGUUCGGGACGAGGAAGGUCAGAUCUUUCUUUUGUGUAAAGGGGCUGACAGCAUCAUCUUUGAUCGUUUGGCAAAAAAUGGGAGAAUAUUCGAAGAAGCUACCACUAAGCACCUAAAUGAUUAUGGAGAGGCUGGGUUGCGUACAUUGGCACUUGCAUACAAGAAGCUUGAAGAAGACGAAUAUUCUUCUUGGAACUGUGAAUUUGUUAAGGCGAAGACCACUAUUGGAGGUGAUAGGGAUGCAUUACUUGAAAGGUUGUCCGAUAUAAUGGAGAAGGACUUAACACUAGUUGGUGCAACUGCUGUGGAAGACAAACUGCAGAAAGGGGUGCCACAAUGCAUAGAUAAACUGGCCCAAGCUGGACUUAAAAUCUGGGUCUUGACUGGAGAUAAGAUGGAGACUGCAAUCAAUAUUGGAUUUGCGUGUAGUUUGCUUAGACAGGGCAUGAAACGGAUUUGUAUAUCAUCAACGAACAUGAACACAGAUAUAUUAGCACAAGAUCCCAAAAAGGCUGCAAAGGAGAAUGUUUUGCUGCAAAUCACUAAUGCAACUCAAAUGGUCAAGCUUGAGAAGGACCCCAAUGCAGCAUUUGCAUUGAUAGUUGAUGGAAAAACAUUAGCAUAUGCUUUGGAGGAUGAUGUGAAACAUCAAUUCUUAAACUUAGCAGUCGGUUGUGCAUCGGUUAUAUGUUGUCGUGUCUCUCCUAUACAAAAGGCCUUGGUGACAAGAUUAGUGAAAGAAGGAACAGGAAAGACCACCUUAGCAAUCGGUGACGGUGCAAAUGAUGUUGGAAUGAUUCAAGAAGCAGAUAUCGGUGUUGGCAUAAGUGGGGUUGAAGGCAUGCAGGCUGUGAUGGCUAGCGAUUUCUCCAUUGCUCAGUUUCGAUUCCUGGAAAGACUUCUGGUUGUACACGGACAUUGGUGCUACAAAAGAAUUGCUCAAAUGAUAUGCUAUUUCUUUUACAAGAACAUAGCUUUUGGUCUUACGCUCUUCUACUUUGAGUCAUUUGCUGGCUUCUCUGGGCAAUCAGUUUACGAUGACUGGUAUAUGCUUCUGUUCAAUGUUGUCCUCACCUCCUUACCUGUCAUUUCACUUGGAGUAUUUGAGCAGGACGUUUCUUCAGAAAUUUGUUUACAGUUCCCGGCACUUUAUCAGCAAGGGCCAAGAAACUUGUUCUUUGACUGGCACAGGAUAUUUGGAUGGAUGGGAAAUGGUCUAUACUCUUCUAUAAUUAUUUUCUUCCUCAACAUUCUUAUUUUCUACGAUCAACCUUUUCGUGAAAGUGGACAGACUCCCGACAGAUCAGCAGUCGGGACGACAAUGUUUACUUGCAUAAUUUGGGCAGUGAACCUCCAGAUAGCUCUCACAAUGAGUCACUUCACAUGGAUCCAACAUUUCAUCGUUUGGGGAAGUGUUGCCGGUUGGUAUUUAUUUUUACUACUUUACGGAUUGCUUCCUGCUGUACACUCUGGAGACGCGUUCAGGCUUUUAAUUGAAAAACUAGCCCCAGCUCCUAUAUAUUGGUCAACGACCCUCCUUGUGGCGGUUCUAUGCAACCUGCCUUACCUUGUCCAUAUAUCAUUCCAAAGAUGUUUUCAUCCAAUGGAUCAUCAUAUCAUUCAAGAGAUCAAGUAUUAUAAGAAAGAUGUGGAGGAUCGGAUCAUGUGGAGUAGGGAAAGGUCCAGGGCGAGACAAAAGACUAUGAUUGGAUUCACGGCUAGAGUGGAUGCUAAGAUAAGACAUUUGAAAGGGAGGUUUUCUAGGAAGUAUUUGUCGUCGUUAGGUUCGAACAUCCCAAUGUCACCUUCAGGUGGUUAGAAUCACUUGAGUGCAUUUUUAUGUAGGGUUUUGGCGUUUUUUUUUUUUUUUCUUCCAAUUUUAGCCUCUCAUUAUUAUUUACCAAUUCAUUGUCCUCCAUCAUGUGAAUAUGUCCAUCGGUGGGUUGGUUUUGUUAAGGUUUUCAUAUCAAGAACCUUGAAGAAGUUGUAUUUACCAUUAUAGUUGCUAUUUGCAAGAUUUAAUUACAUAAUACUAGUUUGUAAA